UUCGUCUCACCAUCAGUCUUGUUCCUGGGCAUUGCCCACAACCUCCCGCUGACCUUUGACCUGAAGGUGGCAGUAGGAUGUGUGUUUGUUGCCGUGUGUCUCGCAGGCGGACUCCUGUCUUCGUCCUUCAGGUGUUCGGUCCUCCUCAUGUUUCCCAGCAUGCUCGGCUCCCGCGGCCGCUCCUACCUGAUGCUGCUGACGCUGUCUGUGCUGUACGCAGGCCCAGUUUCAAACAUCCAGCGUAACGUGGAGGCCGCCGCUGUGUCUGUGAGCUGCAACCUGGACCUGCAGGUGCGUCACAGCAAGCUGCUGUGGAGAGAAGCCAUCAAGCCAUUUUUGAUCAUCACACAGGAGCUCAUGGACGAUAAAGAAGGUUUUGAGUUGGAGGCUUUAAAUGUCAGCAAGAAGUUUCAGGGCAUCAGAGACGAGAUGGUCCUUCAGUACGGAUACGACCGAUUCGAAACUAAACAAGGCGGCGGUAACAGCACCCAGGAGGAGUUCACCGCCAAGACCCUAAAGCAGUGCGACAGUGUGGUGGCUCAGGGCGUGCAGCGCUGCGUCGAUUGGUUUGCCAACAGGUGGACGGCGUGUUUGGAGGCGAUCCCCGUCCCCGUCAUCAACUACAUCCUCUGCAUUUCAAUGAAGUUUCACUUCCUGUGUGACAUCAUGAAAGUCAUGACUCCGUGGUGCAGGGACAACAUUCCCGUGGAGGGAAACUUUGGUCAACUCUUCGACCGGCUCAAUCUUUCGGUUGACCUGCUGUCCAGAGAGUUCAGCACCGAGCUCACCGUAGAGGAGGAGGAGCAGCCGGCGCUGAGCGAAGCUCUGCUGGACCAACAGUUCACCAACGCUGUCAAAACAUCCAUCCAGAAUCUGACAUCAACGACGGGACGGGUGCUGAACAUCCUGCAGAUGCUCCUCUCCUUAACCUUCAUCACCAUCUUCACCCAGGCAUUCGGGUACCUCGGGCGGUACAACAGGGACAUUUGUUUCGACAACCUCUACAUCACCACCUACUUCAGACAGAUCGAUGCCCGCAGACGGAAAGCGGGGAAGCGCUGCCUGCUGCCUCUGAGGAAAUCUGAGAGAAACAAGCUGAUCGACCCCCGCAGUCUGAAGAUUUACCCCGAAGAGGUCAAACAAGUGAGGGAGAAGACGAGGAUCUUAUUCCUUUACAACCUGCACGUUCACGGCCGGAUUUCCAGCAGCGGCAGGAAAAGCAUCAUCAGCCGUGGACGGAGGACGGUGUUCCAGCGCCUGCUCAGGUGGGGCCGCUGCCUUUGCUGGCAUCAUCACGGAGAGGAAGCGUCCAGCUCUGAGAAGACGCACUACGCCAGCGCUUAGAGGAGAGAGAGGAAGCUCCACCUGGAUGAAGGAGAAGUCGUCCAGUUUUUUGUGGCGGACUCGAGCUUCAGGCAAUAAAAACAGAUUCAGUUCAAACUGGACUGAAGCUCGUUUUAUCUUUUA